GCUGCCAAGAAGGAUCACGCCAUGGAGUUUGAAUCAGUACAAGCAGUGCACUUUGACACUCCAGGCUUCGUGGACCACCGAGUCCAGUGUUCACGACCACUAGAAAGAGGCCGAAGGCUUCGGCGAGCAUUGGCGGGCGACAGCAUGAGGGACGUAACGAGCUUAUCGUGAUCAUGCUGCAGCAUGAUCUGGACUAGGCUGUAUUACUGCUUAUCCGCAUCGCGUUUGUUAUAAUGGAUUUAGGCCUAUUAGGCGACACUGCUAUCAACGCUUUUGUUCAACUCAACCCCUCCGCCCCGUGGGCGAUCAAGGUGGCAGAGAGUUGGCGCGGGCUUCCCUUCGGCAAGUACUUACAGAAGUCGCCGCCGAGACGAAGACGCUCCGUAACAGGGCCGUCUAGUACAGCACGUGUCCCGUUGUGGUGUGGCGGCUCGAUUGUUGUCAAUCAAGACUACCCCUAUGAGCAAGCUGAGAGUCUGUUCUUCUCCAAGCUUCCACUUGAUGUGCGUGUCAUCAUUUACGAAAUGGUACUAGGGGGCAUGCUCUUUCAUAUCGACUCCGAGCGCCAAGAUGGACGGAUAUUCCACAGUAUUUGCGCCAGUCCGGAAACUGUCGGCGAGGUCCAUCAUCAUCCGCAUGAAGCUUGCGAUAGUCUGAACUUGGCAGCAGCACGCAACAACAUGUCCCCCUCUAGGCAAGAAACGCCGGAGCCAUCAGGCUUCCUACCCUUGCCUAUGACAUGCCGAAAGGCAUAUACCGAGGCCAUAGAAGUACUGUACAACAGCAAUGUCUUUGACUUUACCUCCAACAAUGUUGCUUUCCGCUUCCUGAAGACGAUGAUUCCAACGCAAAGGCUUCGCAGCAUUCGACACUUUCGCAUGACCAUGCGAAUACCUCAUCAUCCUGCAAUGAACAGCCGCUCUCGACGAGAUUGGAACGCGCUCUUCGAGUUCUUUGGAGACCAGAUGUCUGGUUUGCGUAAUCUGUACCUGAAGUUCUUGAUGCUGCAUCCUUGUCAACAGCAGAUCAGAAACACCGAGGACGCCAACGGUGUUCAUUGGAUAAGACCGAUGGUUUCGAUGGCCGCGGAUUCGAAACGGAAACGAGGUUGCACCGUCGAGAUUAUGACAGGACAUGAACUUCAGAACUUGGGCCUGGCUUAUGAACAGGCCGAGCAAUACAUUACGAGUGGCGACUACGAGGAAAUCGUGCGCCUGACAUGUCUGACUGUGCACAAAAGGAUUCGCGUCUCUCUCGGAGGACAGGGCUGAUCAGUUCAUCCGAACUCAGUCGCUCUUGAGUCGACAGCUACGCAAUCACAUCGCUGAGAUCGUUGGCAAUGCCUGUAACCGCGGUCUUGAACGAUAUUGCAUAC